CUUUUCAUUCUCUCUCUCUCUCUCUCUCUCUCUCUCUCUCUAGAUAGAUAGAUAGAUAGAUAGAUAGAUAGAUAACACAAAUUAAAGGAAGAUGGGAAGGCAACCAUGUUGUGACAAGGUGGGGCUGAAGAAGGGGCCAUGGACAACAGAGGAAGACAAGAAGUUAAUAAGCUUCAUCCUCACCAAUGGCCAUUGUUGUUGGAGAGCUGUACCAAAGCUUGCAGGAUUACUUAGGUGUGGCAAGAGCUGUAGACUAAGAUGGACAAAUUAUCUCAGGCCUGACCUCAAGAGAGGACUGUUAUCAGACUCUGAAGAGAAGCUUGUUAUUGACCUCCAUGCUCAACUUGGUAACAGGUGGUCCAAGAUUGCAUCUCAACUUCCUGGAAGAACUGAUAAUGAGAUAAAGAACCAUUGGAACACACACAUCAAGAAAAAACUAAGGAAAAUGGGAAUUGAUCCCAUGACUCACAAGCCAAUAUCCAAUACUAUCUCUUCUUCAACUCAUGAUCAUGAUCAAGUCCCACAAGAACAAGCACAGCAUGAAAGACAAGCAAGUUCUUCACCUGAAGCUAAUGUUCAGAAAAGUAAAGAGAAAUGCUCACAAUGUUCAAAAUCAAUAACUGAAGAUAAUGACACUAAUUAUAAUGAAGACAGAAUAAGUGAUGAACAGUUGUGUGAUCAGUCAGCAAGCUGCUUUUUUUCCACUGAUGAUGUUCCCAUGAUUGAAGCUCAUGAGAUCAUUGUCAAUCCAAAAGGUUCUUCUUGUAGUACUCCUUCUUCUUCUUAUGGUGGGAUGGUUGAGGAAAACCAGUUUCAAGACUUCGAUUGGCCUGAAACAACGAGUUUUUGGGGAGUGGAUGACUUCACUGGUUUGGACUUCAAUUGUGGUGACCCUUUCAAUCUGAUUCAGAGGGCUGUGUUGGAUCAAGAAUCAUGGAUGUUUGAGGCUUUCUGAUUUUUUUUUUUCAUUUUUCUUUUUGGGUGGUAUGCACAGAGGACUUCUUAAGUGAAUGUUGUGCUUUUGUUUUCCAUUAAUUUUCAUUGGCAUUGCUUGUGCAUAUUCUAUGAAUCUAUCAUUGUGCUUCUUGGUCCACCAAAGAUAAUGAACGAUUUAUCUAGUUGUAUUCCUCACAUUUAAAGAAAAAACUAA